CAGACCGCCACCGUUGGCUAGCCAUUCGACCUCCUCAUUGCAUUCACGAGGAUCUCCUCUUUCUGGUUCGAUACGACGGUCUCGGUGUAUUUUCGUUUGGCUGGCCGUUUUCAAGCCUGAUUACGCAAGUGAGUUUCCGUGCACCUGAUGUACACGCGCACAAGCAAGGCCUGCCAUGACUAGUCUGUCAUCCAUCUCAUCCAGAUUGCUCGCAGCCAUGCAUCCUCGCGACAGAAGUACCGACCCGCUCUCGCGUCUGCGUUUCGCUCUGGAGACGAUGCCAGGCUCGCGCAAAUACGUGUUCACACCUGCAACACGCGCUGAGAUCCUAUCCGAGCUGUAUGAUGCAUUUUGGGGACCAUAUGCGCAUUUGUUUCUACCCAACUCCAACUCCAGUCUGCCCUUGCAUGCUAUGUUAAGCGAAGUACAGAACUCUGCAACGUCGCAGAAAGAUCCUCCGGUAAUCCCAGGCCGGCCGUGUGGCCACAUCUUCAAAAGGGGCGAGGCAUGUUUCCGCUGCAAAGAUUGCGCGCUAGAUGAUAGCUGUGUGCUGUGCUCGCGAUGCUUUGAGGCGACCGACCAUUCUGACCACAAUGUCAGUUUCUUCAUCGCUCAACAGUCUGGAGGCUGUUGCGACUGCGGCGACGUCGAAGCCUGGAGAUCUACCAUACAAUGCCCGUACCAUCCCCCGAAGCCUGAGAUCUCUGACUAUUUAAGCGCAUUCGCUCUCAAGACAUUGCAGUCGACUCCUAGAGCAAGUGCACGAGUAAUGCUGGGCCAAGAUGUUCCACCAGUCAGAGACUAUCCGUACAGGGUCUCCGUGCCUAUGGAGCUGCGAGACACGAUGUCGAGGACCGUCGCUUAUGCACUUGACUUCAUUCUGGACACUCUCGAUUUCUCGCCAGACGAGACAAGUCCUCCCACAACCGACGACGACCUGCACGCACAACUCUCUGGAGACCCCAUGAUGAGGGAGCAGUAUAGUGUUGUCAUAUGGAAUGACGAUAAACACUCGUUCGACGAGUUGAUAAAGCUGCUAUGCGAUGUCACCAAUCGCUCUAAGGAGGAGGCCACCGAGGCGAUCGAUCGACUAGACGACAACGGCCGCGAAGUGGUAGAAAUGAAUGGUAACACUGUGCGUCUUCUGGAACUUGCACAGACGUUGUCGCAGAUAGAUCUCGGCGUGACCGUACGCAGAGCUUACGACACUUUCCGCGAGCAGGUGGCAGAGGUCAUCAUCGAGUGGCUGCUAGAUCUCACACGUAGCCGGCUGGGGACUGACACUUUGAUCCUGCGCGAAGUCAUCGCGGCGGAGCUGUUGUCUCCGAGGAAGAACUACUCCCUUCUGCCUACACACGACACCGCAAAGGUUUUGGCCGAUAUCCAGGAUCCGUCACGCAUGCAUUGGCUCUUUCUCUAUCAUGUCAGAUUGUGGAAGAAGCCGCGCCUCAAUCUGAAGGAGAUCUAUGCCUCGUUGAUCACAUUGAGCCAUGAGCACAAACUCGCAAUUGCCUCACACUUUGCAAGUGUGUAUCACAAGAUAAUCGACCUGUACCUCCUCGUGGACCGUGAAGCCGAGACAUCUAUCAAAUACUUUGCGCUACAAUUAUUCACCGUCCCUUCUGUGGCGCUAUACAUCGUCCGGCAGCAUAACAUCAUUUCCCGUCUCCUUUCUAUCAUUACUGCCUUCUUCACAAACCAGAUCCAAGGCAAACGGAUCGUCUAUCCUCCCGAUCCAAAUGUCGACAUCGAAGUGGAUGCGUACCCAUUCAAGUCCAAGCGGUUCAUGCCCGUUUUCAGCGAUCUUCGGUAUCUCUGCCACAACGAGUCCGUCCAGCAGCUCAUCGCGCACAACCGGGAGUACAUCACGCACUUCUCGAAGACGUGUCAGAUUUUCAUGUGCGUGAACCCCAACAAGCGUGCGGCCACCAGCCACGUCGAAUACGAAGCAGAUGCUUGGAUCAGCGUGUUUAAUGUCACCCUCUCACUAUCGCGAGUCAUCAAGGUGUACGGAGAGGCGUUCUCUCGGGCGACUGCUGCCGAGCUUGUGGCUGCGAUUACAACCGUCAUGCACCAUAUUCUGAUGGCGUCUGCGGUGGCGGACGGUCAGCGGGACACCACGCGCUUCCCGCCUGUCCUCUUCCAUGAUGUGAACUUCGCGAACAGGACAUACCAAGUGGUCAAGUUCGACGUCAUGGAUGGAUGGGUGAGCUUCCACCACUCGCUGCAGUGGUUGCUUGCCGAGUUAUUAAAGCACGUCGAUAUCUUGAGCGAGGGGUCUUUACGAGAGAUUGGGAUGAGCAGCUUGAGAGACGUGUGCAUGCGAAAUGUCAGUGAACAGGCGAUCCUGACAAUCGUUGACUACCCUUUGCGAGUCCUAGCUAUGAUCGCGCAAAUCAGGACGGGUCUCUGGGUUCGCAACGGAUUUGCGAUCAGAGGCCAGCUCAUGCAUUAUCGCGACUUUAUGCUACGGGAGCUAUGCUACGAUCUCGACCUGUUCUUGCUCCAAACUGCGUUGGUCAUCUUGGACCCAAACACGGUUCUCAUCAGCAUGCUUGACCGCUUCCAAUUAACAGAGUACUUCCAAGGUGCUACUCUGCAUCUGGUGUACGAAAGCGCGCAACUGCCUAGCAUGGUGGAGGAGCUGCUGUAUGUCAUCAUCACAAUUUUGACAGAGACCGCCAAUGCCACGAAGCUGUCGAUGCCUCUGGCAAUCCGAAGGGAGAUCGUACACGCACUUGCGGUUGGGCCGUGCACGUUCACGGAUGUGACGAAACGCGUAGCAGAGCGGUUGGUGGACGACGCUGCCUUCGAACGGGUGCUCAAAGAAGUGGCGAACUUCAAGCCGCCGGAGUCGACUGCGGACUCGGGGGUGUACGAACUCAAGGACGAAGCGUAUGAGGAGGUGAACCCAUUCUUCUACCACUACACGCGGAAUAAGCGUGAGGACGUGGAGACUGUGUUGCGCAAUCGUCUGAAGAAGAAGACAGGCGUGGAGGAUCCCGUAAUCGUUCCCAAGCCGAUGAACAUCACGGAAGGCCCCUUCACCACUGUCUCGUCUGCGUUCGAGUCUGAGGUUCUCUUGCAAAUCAUGUUCUAUGGUAUCUACAACAUUCUCGUCAUCACUGACGCUGAAGGCGCCGCUCCUCCCUCUUCCGAGGCGGUCCUCGACCAGCUCGUGCACUUGGUGAUGCUCGCCAUCACAGAGCGGCCAUCGGCAUUCAGUGGUUUUACAGUGGGUAAGCACUUCGAAGAAGAUAAGAACCUUCUCGAUAUCCUCUGCGUGCUGGAGCAUCACGAUAAGUACAAGCCGUACAAGGCCCGCGUAGGCUGGACCUUGGACCAAAUUGCUCUCCACGAACGAGAUGAGGUCAUGAAGCGAAGGCAGAUCCCUGAGGUCGCAAUGGAUGCUGUUGACCCAGCAGAAGCCAAGAAACGCGCUGCGAAGGCUCGACAAGAGGCUAUCAUGAGGCAAAUGAAGGCUCAGCAAGCCAGCUUCGCAACCAAUUUCGAAGAUAUCGACGACGAUGAGGAUGAAGAUAUGGAUGGCAUGCCGGAAGCACCAAUUUCCUAUGGCACUUGCAUUGUCUGCCAAGAAGAAUUGAAUCAUGCGAAGCCGUUCGGCUCUCUUGGCUUCCUACAACCUAGUAGACUCCUCCGCCGACAGCCUGAUGGUCAGCAUGCCUACAUAAAUGAAGCCCUGCUUGCCGACGAUUCACUUGACCGGGCAGAAGAACAUGCAGUCCACACGAGUUUCCCUCCUUCCGUCAGCCUUUCCACAGAUUACAAAGCCCGAAGCACUCACAGCUUCGAGGGGUUUCCCGCUCAGUAUACUCGAUUCGGCCUUCAUGCGUCGAUUUGCAGCCAUAUGAUGCACCUAGACUGUUUUACUGUUUACAGUGGCUCAAUCAGACAACGUCAUCGGGCGCAGGCGACCAGAAACCACCCUGAAAGUAUACCCCGGAAAGAGUAUAUCUGCCCUUUGUGCAAAAGUUUGGGAAACGUCAUCCUUCCGGUAGCGACUGACUCGACAAGCACCGAAUUGAAUGGCCUUCCAUUCACGGAGUGGACGCGCGCAGCCGGCAUCAGUAUCCUCAAGUCAAAGGCUGAUCCAGUGCUCGAGUCGCUGCAGUUCCGCAGUGGCUCAGGAGAAUUCGUGUUCUGGGCCGCGCAAGACACCAUGUAUCAGACAUUUGUUCGCAUUCCAGAUUCUCCGGAUAACAUAGAAGUGCAUAAGAUGGUCGACACAGUCAUGAUAGUGUCGAAGAACAUCUCGCAGCAGAGUCGUCACCUGCGAGACCAUCCAGAACCAGAACCCGGCGAGCGCGGCGCAGGGAUGUAUCUACCGGAAGAGUUGGUUGGCUAUACAAUUGCGUCAUUGGAAGUAGCGCAGCGAGGCAUGGGUUCUCCAGGGCGCAUCGUUGCUGAUUCGUUAGCAGAUUCCCACUAUCGUAUGAUCCGUGGGCUGGUAACAUGUCUCACCAAACUCGUCACUCUCAGCUUCAAGCACAGGCCAGAUCAAGGAAGGGAUGCAAUGCGCCAUGCCAUUAUCAAACGGUUGUUACCAGAGUGGAGUCGUGGAUCCCUCACCUCGUUUACGUACCCCCUACUUCUCCGCGAUCCGCUCACAAUUCUCGUUGAAACUGCCGCAGUAGCACCCGAUAUGUUGCGGCAAGUGCUCAUCCUCACCUACUAUGCGUGUCUUGCACGGACGGUCAUCGGCCUGGUAUACAUCCUAAACAAGACUCGAAGCCAUCAUGUGACUAGCGUUGCACAACGCCAGUACGAGCAUCUCUUCGGUGAUGUUCGUAUGUUCUUCAUAUCUGUUGUCCGACACUCGCCAGUAUUCGAGCAAGCUGGCGAGAUGGUGUUCCAUUCCUUCGGCGAAGCUCGCGUCGAGAAGUUGUUGUAUAUGUUCACGCUGCCCUUCUUACGACGUGCCGCCAUUCUAUGCCGUGCCAUGCUUCCAUCCGCAUUCCCCACACCUCCAGCAAGUGACGAUGUCUGCGAAUAUCGACGGUUGCUGACGAUGCUUGAUAUACCCCCGCUGUCCGAUCUUCCUAAUCAGGAUACACUGCAGACCGCCCUAUCGGUGUGGUGCCAGCAUUAUGGCACUUCUCAUGCAGCUUCUCAGUUGAAUUGCGGAGUCAUUCUGGAAUAUCCUUGCACAUACCAUUUGGCACGGCUGCCGUUGGUUCUGGAUCAUCUGUAUCUCGACCAGGAGAAGAUCAUGACGUGCGCUCGCUGCAAGACUGUCCCCCUCGAUGCUGCGAUCUGCCUAAUCUGCGGGACAACAUGUUGUAUGCAAAGCCAUUGCUGCAUGGAUGUCGAGAACGGCUACCGUGGGGAAUGUAACAUGCAUACGCGAGAGUGCGCUGGGCCUGUCGGCAUUUACUUCCUUGCGAAGCGAUGCUGUGUCCUGUAUCUGUAUGCCAAUAAUGGGACAUUCGGACAAUCGCCCUACCUCGAUAGCCAUGGCGAGGUUGAUAUCUCUAUGAGGCGCGGGCGUAGGCAAUUCCUGCAUCAUGCGAGAUGGGAGGAAGUGCGUAGAGUGUGGCUGAAUCACGGCGUGCCCACGUUGAUCGCGAGGAAGCUGGAGGGUACGGUAGACAGCGGAGGGUGGGAGACGUUGUGAUACUCAUCUUACAU